AUGGAAGUGGAAAUUAUAUCGGAUAGAGAUAUCGAAACUGUUGAUGAUACGGGGGGAGCUAUUUCGAUCGACUCUCCAAGCAUGAUCCAAGAAGACCAAGAUAACGAUUAUGAUGUUCUGGCGCUGGUCACCAUGAACACCACAAUAAAUGAAGCAGAAGAACCGCUGCUGUCAGUGAUCACCGAGGCUACAAAAGAAAAAUAUUACAUAUGGAAGAAAAAUGCCCCUUAUCUCUAUGAUUACCUUCAAACAAGUGCGUUGACUUGGCCAUCAUUGACGGUGCAAUGGUUCCCAGAUGUUGAAACCAACCCGGUACAGAAUACUCGGACGUAUCGUUUAUUAUCAGGGACCUUCACUUCGGGGAAUGCUGAGGAAAGUUUGAAACUCUCAAGUUUGACCACUAAGAAAUUGGAAAAUCUCGCCUCGCUCGAUAAAUAUGACCCCGAUACCAAGGAAUUCAUGGCCACCGACGCUGAUAGAUCGAUGUUUCAAAAACUCAACAACACUUUAGAUAUACACCAUCAAGGAGAAAUCAACAAGGCCCGGUAUAUGCCGCAAAAACCGGAUCUUAUCGCGACCAUCAACAAUACUGGGAAUGUGUACGUCUUUGAUAGAACCAAACACUCAUCGGUGAAAACUCUCGAUCAAAACCCAUUCAAGCCACAGAUUAGAUUGAAGUAUCAUCAAUGUGAAGGGUUUGGGAUUUCUUGGAAUGUGCAGAAAGAAGGACAUUUAUUAUCGGCGGCCCUAGACGGCCAUGUGGCCCUAUGGGAUCUAUUAUCAUUUGACAGCAAGACUAAAGAAUUAUCCCCACAAAAUACUUUCUCACAACUUCACGAAGGCGGGGCGAAUGAUGUGAAAUGGCUUCCCAAACAUGACUCGAUUUUUGGGUCGGUUGGCGAAGAUAAGGGUUUGAAAAUCAGUGAUAUUAGAAAACCACAUAAUUCGGUAGUACUGGAGAAUUAUGGGGGCCAUGAUGCUGGAAUCAAUAGUUUAAGUUUCAAUCACGACAGCCUUUUUUGCGUGGCUACUGGUGAUUCGUCUGGGAAUAUUCUUGUAUGGGAUUUAAGAAAUUUGAAUCGUCCAGAAUAUACUAUCAAACAUGCGCAUAAUGGGUCGAUCACCGUAGUUGAUUGGAACCCGAAUCAGACAAAAAUUCUUGCUAGCGGUGGCCAAGAUGAUAAUCUGGUGAAGUUGUGGGAUUUGGGACAAAUCGGUAAUAACAAAGGAGUGGAUUUGGCGAAGGAUAACAACCCUGAUGAGUUAUUGUUCGUGCAUGGUGGGCAUAUGUUGGGGGUUAAUGAUUUAUCUUGGAAUCCUAAUGAUGAUUGGUUGGUGAGUUCGGUAGCCAACGAUAAUUCUUUACAUAUUUGGAUGCCAUCACUGACGAUAACAAGGAAAUCUACAGAAAAAUAA